GGCAAUAUGCCCAAGGUUUCUGGUGCGAACGCCUUUAUUGAUCUCCAAAAUCUUGGAAUAAUUAGUAGUGAAGACCCUACCCAAUUGUUUACAAACUUGUCCCAAAUAGGGGCCGGAAAUUUUGGAAUAGUUUAUCGGGUAUGUCUUAUUGGUGAACUAAUCUUUAGAAUUGUGUACAAUGUCGUGGUUGUUACAUUGAUCAGCAGGUUCCUUGGGUACGCCAGUGUCAUUUUGCCCAAUUCACCCUUCAAGAUCGUUAUGGAAUACUGUCUUGGGUCUGUUGCUGACAUUCUCAAAGUUCAAAGGCACCCCCUCAAAGAGUGUGAAAUUUCCUGCAUUGUCAGAGAGGUGCUCACCGGUCUUGUAUACAUCCACUCAAGAAAUUUUAUUCACCGUGAUAUUAAGGCUGCGAACAUCUUAUUCACAGAAUGUGGUGGUGUUAAAGUGGGUGAUUUCGGAUCAGUGAGCUUCAAAAGUCCCGCAAAUAGCUUUGUUGGAACGCCUUAUUGGAUCGCUCCUGAGGUAAUCCUCGCCAUGGAAAAUGGACUCUACGACUGUCGUGUUGAUGUGUGGUCUUUGGGAAUCACUUGUAUAGAAAUGGCGGAAUUGAAGCCACCUUACAUGGAAUACGCCAAUACAAUGGCAGCUCUUUACCAGAUAGCACUGAAUCCCGCUCCCAAUCUGCGAGAAGCUAAUUGGACUUCAGAGUUUUAUGAGUUUGUGGAGUUUGUCCUUAAGAAGAAUGUGAGUAACACUUCUUUUGCACUCUAUGUCGCCUCCUUCCGAUGCUUGAGUCGAGUGCUCGUGUUAAUUUUCAUCUUUUAUUAG